GCAAGACUAGAUUGGCUCAGCUGGCCGGAAGUUUUUUCAGGCAACAUAUAAGAAGGAUCCAGGGGAUGCGAGCAUUAGAGCUGCAGCAGCGGAGCAGUGUCUGUCGUGAGCCAUGAAUGCCUUUCUCCACAUGCUUUUGCUUUUUGCAGUGGCCGUGGCCUCCCAGGGUCCGUCCUCACACCCAAGGAGCAAAAGAUCUCUAAUCGACCUGAAGGGAAUCAUCAAAUGCACCACAGGGAGAUCACUUUCCUCUUAUCUCUGGUACGGCUGCUACUGUGGAGUGGGGGGUCAUGGCAAGCCCAAGGACGACACCGACAAGUGCUGUUACAAGCAUGACUGCUGCUACGAAGAUGCUAAAAGUAAGGGCUGCAACCCCCUAACAGACGACUACGACUGGAAGUGUGAAGACAAGAUGGUCGCUUGUGAUCAUUUGACAGACAGGUGCGAGAGGAUUCUGUGCGAGUGUGACCGAGAUGUCGCCAAGUGCCUGAGUAAUGCACGUUACAACUGGUAUUACGCUUGGUGGCCGAAUUUCCUCUGCGGUUCCGGCAGAAAGUGUGAUUAACCGAGCGCCUUCAGGAGAAAACACGUUGGCUAGUCAGUUCAAACCUAAUAACUGCGACCCCACUCUGGUAUUUUAGUCCCUUGAGAAAUUCCUUAUUAUACUUCUUAUUCCUUAUUAUACUUCUGGGAAACAGUGAGUUUAUUGAUUUUUACUUUUUCAUUGCUGUGCUUUUGCUGAAUCACAUUACAAGGGUGGCGAGGUUUUCCAUGAUGACAUCAGAGAAGCUGUGAGUCAUUGAAUAAAUAUGGAUGGAUGUUG